AUUGACAGUACUUUCGUAAAAAAUGAGGUGAAACUCGGUUGUUUGUGGACGCCUGAAUGCUCAACAAAUUAAAGAACUUCACACAGCGAUGAUAAGCUAGUGAAUAUUAUCAGCAGUGACGGAACGCCGCCGGGGGUAGCGUUAACAUGUGCGACACGCAGUGGGAUCCACUAGUCGAAUUUCUCUUCCGUGUUCCCAACGCCAGCCAAACGUCAAUCGUGUUUUGCGUCUGCAGUCGCUCUUUUUCAAGGACCAAAGAUGAGAAAGAUGAACGUAAUCGGCCAAUCAAUGAAGAGUCAGCGUCAGAGAGCGACCUGAAGGACGAUCCAGCCGAGGACGAUUUUCCUGAGGAUCAUGUCCUGUUAGAAAACGACUUUCAUUGCAGGAAUUCCGACCUUAAACUUGAUGUCGAUGCUGAAGUAGUCAGCUGCUACUGUAGUGCCUCACACACGGAUAACAUAUCAACCGACGAACACGAUAGCAUCCGCGAGCAUUCAACGCGCACGAGCACGCAUUCGCAUUCCCACUCGCAUUCGCAUCGCGGCCUCCAGUCGAGCGACAGCGGCGCCGACCUCACCGAACUCCACGCGCGCACUGACGCCGACGCUGCCUGGCACCGCUUUUGGGCGCAUAACGGCGAACGUCUCAUUUGGGACUCGUGGAUUACCAAAUACAGCGACUACAUUAAUCCUGAUUACUUGACGGCGACUAUUCAGGACGAUGACGGCGACGCCGACGCCAAAGACGAAUCGCAGAAACAUUCCAAGUGUAAGUUCUCUUUUGACAAGCGCGAUAUUGAAAAACUUGAUAAAAGCGAGCAAGGUGGUUCGAGCAAUUUGACCGCGAUUGAUGAAAAUCAAGUCUUGAAGGAUUCUUCGAGACAGGAUAUUAUUCAACGCAAUCGUCAAUUGGUGCGUAAUUUAUCCAACAGUGAUUCGUUUGAUAAAUUAACCGCGGAUAUUUCGGAGGGUUGGAAUCCUUUGUCUCCGUUGAGUGUUGAUUGUGAGACUGAAGCGGAAAGAUUGUUGUUGAGUAGUCGCUGUGGUUCCUAUGCAUCAGGGUCGUUGAGAACGGUUGAUUCUAUGACCAAUGUGACUCGUAUGACUGUUUCUUCGAUUGAUCUAAGCGAAAGUUCCAAAAAUUCGGAAUCUUUUUCUUCGGUAUCUUCUGUGCAGAGCUCGCUGAGUUCAACUAGCUCGGAGGAUUUGGAUGAUAACGCCGAACACGAUAAUCAAUGGAAUUGCCUUUGGAAGAAACACUACGAAGACGAGUAUUUACGUCAGUAUAAAAAGUUUAUGUCCAUUCAAACCGGUGGCGAAGACGUGAAGGAAGCUGCGUUGCCUUUAAUUGCACAAAGUUUGCCACUCAAUCAACAAGUGUUGCAAUCAUUCAACAAGACUUUCAAAGCUAACAAGAGUAAUAAUAGCAGCUUUGAAGAUACUACAGAGGGUAGUAGCCGGAAGAAGAUACGCAGAAAGACAGUCGAGAACGUGGUAGCUUUACUGGGAAGUAUUAAAAUGGACGACGGAAGUGACGCGGUGCCAUCUACUAGUAGAGAUAUUGAUUAUGUAGCUGAGGUUGAUGAGGAAACUUUGAAGAGUUUAGGAUUACCGACUAGUUUCAGUCGCAAAAAGGCCAAAAAACAACUUUCCAAGAGUUUUAAUAGUUUCAGUAGCUUGGAAUCCGAGGGGAGCGCACAGUCCAUGUCAGACCGGGUAAAAUCUGCUUUUAAUUUAAUGGGAAUUGAGUUGCACGAACUUGGUGAACCAAAACUCAAUGGUCAAGUGGAGUACAAAAUGAAGCACAUACGGUUGCAGAAUAGGCACCUCAAAUUGCACAAACCUGUGCACAAAUACUUUGACGAUGACGGAAAUGAAAUCGUCUAUGAGCACGAAGAAAAUGCCAAGGAUGUUGAUUUGAAGAGUACUAGUUCUAGUGAGGAUUUAUUAUCACCUGCCAAUGAUGCUGAGAUUGCUGUGACGGCGAUUGAGAAAGUAUUAACAAAAAAUCAAAAACGGCGUCGAUUUAGAGACAGAAAGAAGCGACAAUUACCACCGGAAAUUAAGGAGAAUCCCAAGUUGAGAAAGUAUUGGGAGCGAAGAUUCUCUCUUUUUAAUAAGUUUGAUAUGGGCAUUAAAUUGGAUGAAGAGAGUUGGUAUUCAGUAACGCCGGAAACCGUAGCCAAACACAUUGCGGAACGUUGCAAGUGCGAUGUAAUUGUGGACGCCUUCUGCGGGGCCGGUGGUAAUGCGAUACAAUUUGCAAAAACAUGCGUAAAGGUGAUUGCAAUCGAUAUUGAUCCGAAAAAGAUAGAACUUGCCAGUCACAAUGCAGAAGUAUAUGGUGUGCGCGAUCGUAUUGAGUUUAUUAAUGGCGACUUUUUCGCUAUUGCUGAGCGUCUGAAAGCGAAUGUGGUGUUUUUAAGUCCACCGUGGGGUGGUCCGGCGUAUUUGCAUCGGCAGACGUAUGAAUUAGAGGAAAUGUUGCAACCACUACCCUUGUCAAAGCUACUGGAAAGUGCCAGGAAGAUUUCCACGAGUGUCGCAUUGUUUUUACCUAAGAAUAGCAACACUUAUCCUCUUAUUCAGGAAGCUGGACCCGGAGGCUUCGUCGAAAUCGAACAGAAUUUCCUCAACAAAAAACUUAUUGCCAUGACUGCAUUCUACAACGAUCUCAUUCAACGCGCUUGAUUUGAAUUAUUUCACACGUUUUUUACCGUUUUAAUCCAGGACAAUUACACCAAAAUGUUGCGAGUCAUUUUUAAGCGAGUUUUCUUUUAAUUUUGACUGUAUGCGAGCAUUAUACGUGCAUUCAAAUAA